AUGGAUUAUAGUAGUGAUGAUUCAAUGGACGAUCUCGAUUUCUGUCCCAGUACAGAAGAUGACGACGAUUCAAGUGAAUCAGAUAGUGGAAAUGAAGCUUGGAAUCCACCAGCUACAUCAAGAAGAAUGUCAACAUUUUCAGAGGAUCAGUUACCUGCACUGCCAAAUAUACAGAGACGAAGAACUCUACGAUCAAGAACAAUGCCACCAGAUGAUAUAGCCAACCUUCCAAGUACUUAUGGAACUACCUCAGAAGAAAUACCAGAGUGA